UUCUGUCUUGGUCGGCCGCCAUGCAGAACCCGUACCGCGAAGCGAACUCGCUCUCGCCGAGGAAGCACAAGACCAAGUCGGGCACGCGCUGGAAGGACGCCAACGCGGCGCAGCGCAGGGGCAUGUCCGACUCGGAUGACGAGGAAGAUGAUGAGUACCGGGCGACGCGCCUCGAUCAUGGCGCGAUCAACGGCCAGCCGACGAUGGGCCCAACGACGGGCGACUACGCCACCGACGCGCCGCUGAACUUGAACGUGUCUCGCUUUGUGCCCAAGAGCGCUCGGUCGCGCCUCCUGCAGCUCUUCAUGUUUCUCGCCUUCGUUGGCUGCUUUGUCUGCGCCGUGACGCUCGAGUACGUCAACCUGAGCCCUGGCAUUAUGUGGGGCUCGGGCCUCUCGUUCUUCUCUGUGAUCGCGGUCUUGGUAUCGUACGCAAGCGAGCCGCUGAGCCGGCAGCACCCCAACCCGCUCGUCUUUUGGCGCACCAUCGCAGACGGGAUGUUCGUCAUUCGCCUCCUCACGGAGCAAUUCUCGCGCUGCGCCCACUACGAGUGCAAGCCGCUCUGCACGACGUUCAACUGCGGCUGCGCGACGACGGACCUCGCGCCCGGCCUCUUUGCCCAAAUCGGCGCCGACAGCUGCACGUUCUUUGCGGGGUUUUUCCAGUUUUCGCUGCUCGCGUCCGAGUGCUGGUUCCUCUGCAUGACACUCAACCUCUUCCUCUCGCUCACCAACCCUUUCACGGACUUCAAGCGCAACACGAAGCUCUUCCACGUCUUCUCAUGGGGCUUUGCGCUCCUCUCGUCCGUCGUGCUCAUGGCCGUGCCCGACCUCGGCGGCUACUCGGACUUUGACACGUGCUGGACCAACGCCCUCCACAACUUUCCGCGCAUCGAGGCGCCCUUCAACGCGACGUGCGCCAACCAAAGCCGCGACUUUGUGCUCAAGUCCAAGUUUGGCUCGGUCCAGGCCAACUACCUGAGCUGGAUCUUCUUUUACGUGUGGAUCUUUGGCUUCAUCGUCGUCGGCCUCGCCGUUUGGUUCUGGGCGUGGCGCCGCCUCUCAGAGGGCAUGCCCGAGACGUACGCCGUGCGCGUCCAGAGCAUCAACCGCGCGCGCUUCCUCGUCUUUGCCGUCUCGGUCUACUGGACCGUCGUCUUUAUCGUCUACUUUCUCUACCUUGGCCAGAAGGAAGACAAGACGAAGCGCACGAUGAAGGAGAUGGUCAACUUUCUCAUGGCGUCCAAGGGCUACCUCGAUCUUGUCAUCUGGUUCCACCUCAACGAUUUUCGCAUUCCCAAGGUCGCGGCCCUCUGCCGCCGCGGCGAGAAGGAGGUCGACGUGGAUUUAAACCCGCAGGUCAACGCUGCUCUGCGCCGCGAAGUGCUCUUCUACACGACGUCGGGCAUCAUCAAGGCCGUCGAGGAAGCGCGACACCUCCCAGAGGAUGUGCACAUCCAGCACUUGGCACUGCUGCCGCAGAUGGACGGGCCUGUCGCCGUCGCGUCGGCGUACACAAAGACGUUCCACGACUACGAGCCGCACGCGUUCCGGCGCAUCCGCGAGCGAUUUGGCGUCGACAACUUGCGGUACCUCAAGUCGCUCUCGUCGACGGCCAAGGAGCGGCUCAGCGAAGGGGCGUCCGGUGCGUUUAUGUUUUUCAGCGGCGACAGCUCGCUCAUCGUCAAGAGCACGUCGCCGGAGGAGUGCCACUUUUUGCGGUCGAUCGCCGACGAGUACGCCGACUACCUCUGCGAGAACCCGACGUCGCUCCUCACGCGCUUCUACGGCUGCCACUGCCUCGAGCUGUACGGGCAAAAGUUCUCGUUUGUCGUCAUGGCCAACCUCUUUGACACCAAGCAGACGAUCCACAGCCGGUACGACAUCAAAGGCUCGUGGGUCAACCGGAAGGGCGAGCUCCCGAAGCGCGGCAAGAAGGUGACGUGCCGCCACUGCAACCGCAAGUACGUGUACCAGAGCCACGCGUACGAAGACUUCAACUGCACCUUCCGCCUCGGCGGCCACGAGCCCAACAUUGUCUUGAAGGACGCGGACCUGACGCAGAAGCUCAAGCUCGACAAACCGGUGGCGCUGACCUUGUACCGGCAGCUCGAGGCCGACAGCGACCGGCUCUGCCGCUUUGGCAUCAUGGACUACUCGCUCCUCAUGGGCGUCCACGACGUCGAGUUCACAGUCGAUGCCGAGAUGUCCGAGCUCGACCACGCGAGUGAGAACGACCAGUCGACGUACGUCAAGAACACGUUCCAGCCCAUGAUGCACCAAAUGUCGGCCGAGGCGCGAAGCAACCUCGAGGCGGAGCGCAAGCCGCUCCCGCGCUCUGGCAUGCGCAUGGCCAACACGGUCGUCGGGCCCGCGUACUACCACCUCGGCGUCAUUGACAUUCUCCAGACGUGGACCUUCCAGAAGCGCAUGGAGCGCUUCCUCAAGAUCAACUUGCGCCGCGUCGACGGCGAUGGGCUCUCGGCCAUCGAGCCCGAGCGCUACAAGAAGCGAUUCCAGCUCAAGAUGGCCGACAUGCUCGGCGUCAAGGAGCUCCUCCUGCACCACGCCAAAGACAAUGACUUUGUCGGGCAGAGCUCGCACAUGGACCUCGAGUCGUCGGCCGACGAGAUGACAGUGCCCAUGUCGAUGCGGUCAAUUCCGUCAAGCAUGCUCAAGACGGGCGGGUCCCUCCCGUACGGUAUGCGGUCCAGCUCCAACCUCUCGGACCAGGACGAGUACGCGGCCGGGCACAUCCACUUGUAGUAGCAGCUCUGUCCAUCUAUAUAAGACCCGCCUGUUUAUAAGAGAUUGCAUGAAGCACGA